AUGGAGCAGGUCAAGGAGGCCGUGGCGCACCAGUUGUGCCGUAGCGCGCUGCGCGACGAGAUGGCCGUGUCGCAGAUCCUUGAGGUUAUCAGGCCCGUCCUGCCUCUUGCAAGGAGCUGCUACGACGACACGGUGGAAACCAUCGAGAGCAGUGACUUGGCCUACAUGAUGGUCGUGGACGGCUGCUUCUUGCUCGCGGUGAUGUCCAUCCUCACCAGAAACUACCCUGAACGGCUGGAGCACUCGUCUUUGACACACGGCCGGAUGUUGCGGAUCAUGAAGGACAUCCUGCUGUUUGAGAACCAGAUCCCCUGGGCCGUGAUGCGCAGGCUCUUUGAUAUGUGGCCUGUCCCAGUCGUCGACCAGUUCGUCUCCAUGGUCCUCGCCUACUUCGACUUCGACCGGCACCUCGGCCUGAAAGGUCCUGAUGCGCCGGAGGGCAACGGCGGCGGCGCCGUCAGGUACUGCGACUACGCGCGGCCUUUCGCCCACUUCACGUCGGCGGUGGAGCUCGCGGAGGCCGGCAUCCACCUCCACGGCAGCGGGACGUGCCGUGUCAAGGACGUGAGGGUGGCUCAAGAGCCUCGGUCGUUGCUCCGAAUCGGGCAGCUCGUCCUCCCGAAGCUCGCGCUCAGCUGGCUGCCGCGCUGCUGGCUCAUCAACAUGGUAGCGCUGGAGUGCGUGACGGACCGGUCCGACCGCAGCGGCGUGAGCUCCUACCUCGCCAUCCUCGGCUCCCUCGUCCGCGCGGAGCGGGACGUGGAGGAGCUCCGCUCCAGGCGGAUACUCUUCAGCACCAUGAGCGACCAGCGAACCGUGGAGUUCUUCGAGGGCAGCCUCCCCCGCUGA